AUGACCGGUAUCACAGAACAAACCGCUAUACUAGCCAAAUACUUUGAUUUGAACCAAAAUGGCAAGGUGAUGGCUGAGUACGUCUGGAUUGACGCUGAGGGUAACACAAGAUCAAAGUGUAAGACCCUCAGUAAAAAGCCUUCCGCUGUUGACGAUUUGCCCGAAUGGAACUUUGACGGUUCCUCUACUGGUCAGGCCCCAGGCCACGACUCUGACGUGUACCUUCGUCCAGUUGCCUUCUACCCUGAUCCUUUCAGAAAGGGUGACAACGUGAUUGUGUUGUGUGAAUGUUGGAACAACGAUGGUACGCCUAACAAGUUCAACCACAGACACGAAUGCGCCAAGUUGAUGUCUGCGCACGCUGACGAACAGGUGUGGUUUGGUCUUGAACAAGAAUACACUCUCUUCGACCAGUACGACAAUGUCUACGCCUGGCCAAAGGGUGGCUUCCCUGCUCCUCAGGGUCCUUACUACUGUGGUGUCGGUACUGGUAAGGUUUACGCUAGAGACGUUGUUGAAGCUCACUACAGAGCAUGCUUACAUGCUGGUAUCAACAUCUCUGGUAUCAACGCCGAGGUGAUGCCUUCCCAAUGGGAGUUCCAGGUUGGUCCUUGCUCAGGUAUUGAGAUGGGUGACCAGUUGUGGAUGGCGCGUUUCCUUUUACAAAGAGUCGCCGAGGAGUUCGGCGUGAAGAUCUCCUUCCACCCUAAGCCAUUGAAGGGCGAAUGGAAUGGUGCUGGUUGCCACACCAACGUCUCGACCAAGAGCAUGAGGGAAGCCGGAGGCAUGAAGUACAUUGAGGAUGCCCUCGCAAAGUUGGCCAAGAGACACAAGGAACACUUGGUGCUUUAUGGUGCCGACAACGAGCAGAGAUUGACUGGUCGUCACGAGACUGCCUCCAUGGAGGCCUUCUCUUCGGGUGUUGCUAACAGAGGCGCCUCUGUGAGAAUUCCAAGAGCUGUGGCCAAGGAGGGCUACGGCUACUUUGAAGACAGAAGACCCGCCUCCAACAUUGACCCAUACUUGGUCACCGGUAUUAUGGUGGAGACCAUCUGUGGUGCUAUCCCUGACGCUGACAUGUACAAGGAGUACGCUAGAGAGUCGGAGUAA